AAUUAUUCAAUUUUCUAGAUUUGCCGAUCGUGCUCUCAUCUUCAACCCAUUUUCUGAUUUCGAUCGAUACUUCUCGUAGCGUACGUUGUUUGACAGCUGAAAUUCUGUAUUACUUUAUAAUAAUUUACUAUAAAAACCUUAUUACAAAAUGUCAAUCUCAAAAAUUAUUGCACGUUCAAUAUUUGACUCUAGAGGCAACCCUACUGUUGAAGUUGAUUUAUUUACUCAAGAUGGACAAAUUCACAGAGCAGCUGUACCAUCAGGUGCUAGCACAGGUAUCUAUGAAGCUUUGGAACUCCGUGACAAUGAUAAAUCCAAUUAUCUCGGAAAAGGUGUUAACACAGCUGUUAACAACAUCAACUCAAUAAUUGCACCUGCCUUAAUUAAAGCUGGUAUUGAUGUUGUGGAUCAAAAAGCUGUUGACAAUUUCAUGAUCCAAUUGGAUGGAACACCUAAUAAAUCUAAACUUGGCGCAAAUGCUAUCUUAGGAGUUUCUUUAGCUAUUGCUAAAGCAGGUGCUGCAAAAAAAAAUGUACCCCUCUACAGACAUUUAGCUGAUUUAGCUGGAAAUAAAAACAUAAUUUUGCCUGUUCCAGCUUUUAAUGUCAUCAAUGGUGGAUCCCAUGCUGGUAAUAAAUUGGCCAUGCAAGAAUUUAUGAUUCUCCCAACUGGUGCUAGUUCCUUUAGUGAAGCAAUGAAAAUUGGAGCUGAAGUAUACCACAAUCUAAAAAAUGUUAUUAAAGCUAAAUUUGGUUUAGAUGCUACUGCUGUUGGUGAUGAAGGUGGUUUUGCUCCCAAUAUUUUAGAAAACAAAGAAGGUUUGCGUUUGAUUGAAACUGCUAUUGAAAAAGCUGGAUAUAAAGGAAAAGUUGAAAUCGGAAUGGAUGUAGCUGCUUCAGAAUUCUAUGUCGAUGGGAAAUAUGAUUUGGACUUUAAGAACAAAUCGGACUCCAAAGAUAAAAAUCAGAUUAUAUCUACUGAACAAUUGACUGACCUUUAUAAGGAAUUUAUCAAAGAAUAUCCAAUUGUAUCUAUUGAAGAUCCAUUCGAUCAAGAUCAUUGGGAUGCUUGGUCAUCACUUACUGGCUCUACGAACAUACAGAUUGUUGGUGAUGAUUUAACUGUAACAAAUCCAAAACGUAUUGCUGAGGCUGUUGAAAAGAAAGCUUGUAACUGUUUAUUGUUGAAAGUAAAUCAAAUUGGAACUGUCACUGAAUCAAUUGAUGCUCACUUGUUAGCUAAGAAAAAUGGAUGGGGUACUAUGGUGUCACAUCGUUCAGGUGAAACAGAAGAUACUUUUAUUGCUGACCUUGUUGUUGGUUUAAGCACUGGACAAAUAAAAACUGGUGCUCCAUGUCGUUCUGAACGUUUGGCUAAGUACAACCAAAUUCUUCGUAUUGAAGAAGAGCUUGGUAGUAAUGCUAAGUUUGCUGGAAAAAAUUUCCGUUGUCCUCAAUAGACUACGAUGUACUUGCACAAUAGUGAGCAAAUUUAAUAAUUCUGAGCAAGAAAAAUGUUUCAAUAAAGAAACUUGUUACUUUAUCAUUCAAUUAAAAAAUAACUAAUUUUUAAUAGUUGUUCCUGUAAGUUUAUUUUUCAGUCAGUCAAUAAUAGAGAAAAUUAGCUUGUCGUUACCUAUAUUUAAAACUUGAUUGUUUAAAUAUUAAUGCUAGCAUAUUUGUAAUGUUAUUUUUGUUUUGUUGAAUGCCAAUGAAUCUGAAAAACUAUAAAUUAGAUUGUAUAUUAUACUAUUGUUUUUUUUUUAAAUAAAAUAUUUUACUUGAUCAGUA